AUGGCUGCAUUAUUGGAAGGACAGGAUUAUGGUCUCAUCUCGAACGAAGCCUGUAGUAGCCACAAGACUGUGAUUCAUGUCAAAUUAACGGACUCGGCUCUCAGAGCAUUAGAAGAGUUCUCAAAAAUCAAAUCAAAAACAACUAAGCAGCCUUCCAUUCAGUUCCAAGGAAACAAUGGGUUUGUUACCGUGCCCAUUGAGAUGUCAUCGGACAACUCUCCAGCCUUCCGUACAUUCCAGUUUGCCUUUUCAAACAUCCCCUCUGACCGCAACGGGAGCUUUGAGUGCAUGGAGCAGCUGGAUGGCAAAUAUGGCCACACUUUGCAGAGUUUGGGAGUCAUGGAUACGAGAAUUAAUGUCCAAGCAUCUGAUGAUGUCUAUCGCAAUACACGGGAGAAAAUGACAUUAGCUGAAGAAGAAAGCAAAAAAGUGUGUACCAAAGAGAUCAAACCAAGUGGGCGCUACAUCAGCAAGAAAGUAAAGAAGGUUCUAUCGGGCUCCCAGCACCACCACCUUCUGUCGUCGAAACCCGGCAAUGCAGCCAGCAAACCCAUACCGCACAAAGGCGUAAGCCCCCAAUCAGGACUGGCUGCCCGCCUGUGCAACCCCCACCCUACCAUCAGCGGGUCUGCCGCACCCCCCAUCGUGUCACACCACUCUCCUCACAGGACCUCAGGGGGAGGCUACUCUCCAAAUAAGGGAUCCAAUCAGAAUGCAUCGUCUGCGCCGUUGUCUGGUCGUCUGUCCGGUGGUGCUCCAUUGAAUUCAGCUGGAACCAAAAAUAACUCUGCACUUUAUAAUAUGUCUUAUAGAGACAGAAUAAUCCAUCUGUUGGCUUUAAGGCCAUACAAGAAGCCUGAGUUGUUACUACGGUUACAGCGGGAUGGAAUCAAAGAGAAGGACAAGGGCUCACUGGGGACUGUUCUCCACCAGUUGGCAACACUGGGCCGGGACAAUGCCUACGUGCUAGCCAAGCAUGCAUACAAUGAUGUGCGGCAGGACUGGCCGUUCUACUCACCCACUGAUCGCGCUCUCUUGAAAAGAAAUCUCCAGUCUGACGUCCGCAGUUCCUCCAACUCCCCGGCUGUGUCUCCGGCCAGCUGCAGUCCGCACAGCCCGGACUCUUCCUCGCAGUCGAACACCACAGUUAACCUUCAGAAGCGACAGAUCAUUGGUAAUUCUGAAAGCUAUCAUCCAAUGAAGAAACAGCGCAUCUCUCACCACGACAAAAAGAAGGAAGUGGCCCCGCACCACAUCUCAAACUCGUACGGGGACAAGUCCGACAAGCAUGACAAACACAAACCGAAGGCGCCGUCUUUGUCUCCCGACUCCAACAGUGAAAACCAAGAACUAAACGCAAACCCAAAUGCUGUCUCUUCCAGUAACUACCCAGAUUAUUUAAGGUCAUACACAAACAUCAAGACGAGUGACCAGCGACAGAAGUACAAACAUGACUUCAACACAGACUACGAUGAAUACUGUAAACUGCACAUGAACAUUGCCAGCGUCUCCAAGAAGUUCUGCGAGUUUGAAUCACAGAUGAAACAAACCAAGAAAGGAACCCGGGACUUCGAAGUUUUGAAGAACCGGAUAAUGCAGGAGUACUUAGCCCAGAAGAGUGACGAGAAGUUCAUUGAACAGAAGAAGCGGUUCAACUAUCUGCAUCUGAAACUGGCUCACAUCAAGAAGCUCAUCUCAGACUUCGACCAGCACCAUGUCGCUCAGCAGACUGCCAGUUUGUAACAGUGAGUCCCACCCACACUGUGUGUCAUGAGGAUAAGUUCUGCCCACACUGUGUGUGUCACGAGGAUAAGUUCCGCCCACAUCGUGUGUCACCAGGAUUUGUCCCGCCCACAUCGUGUGUUGUGAGGAUUUGUCCCACCCACAUCGUUUGUUAUGAAGAUGUGUUUCGUGCAAUCAACCAUGUGUCAUAUACUGCAAGUCCUUCACAGAGACUUGUUGUUAUAGAGCUGUUAAGUAUGUUCGCAAUCACCCAUGAAGAAAUUAGUAUAAUUCUUAAUUUAAUUUAAUUUUAGAAAAACAAUUGUUGGUUUGAAUUCUGAAAAUCCUUUCUUUUUUUUCCUCUCUGUUUUUUUUUGUGUGUGUUUUAUUUAAAGCUUUA